AUGUCCAUCUACUUGCUGUAUGUCUCGUCGAAGCACUCGCUCAUGCCCGGGUGCUCAGAUUUGUUCUGUGAGUUUCCCAACCCCACGCGUUUGAGCAAGACAGCAAGAACCACAACGUAUCAUUCUAACCAACUAGACGAUCUGGGCCAAUUUUCGGGACACGGAGAAACCGGAUCCUUGCUGGCGAUUCUCGGGCCGGAAGGAACCCAUCUAGCGAGUUCGCAGAGCCGGAAAGUCUUACGUUUCCAGUGGAUUAUUGGUGACGUGAGCAGUGAGAGGUUAGGUCCUGGAAACGGUGAGGCAUUUUUGCGUAGGCAACUUCACAUCGAAUUUACAUCCAUUUUGCUCUCGUCAAUUUUCAUUCACCUGAUUCAACUACAAAUGAGGACUCUGCCUCUCCAUCCCGACAUUUCCGAUGGCCCUACCUUGAGGUUUGUCUUGCAUCGACUUGGUAUGAGAAACAAGGCAAUGAAUGGUACAAUGUUUAAUUUCCAGACUCUCGGCGUCUUGAAUCUACACCGAGAAGCUUUCUUGGCAAAGAAUCGGAACCACGAAGCUUGCAGAUAUUGCAAAGCCACGGCGACCAUACGUCCACGUUACACUCAACGCGAGAUGCAGAAUCAUUUUGCCCAUGACGAUCGUUCGACAUCGGCUCUUGGAUGUGGGAAAUUCCCAUGGGCGGCUUGGCUCCGAGCUGACUGCAAUGAUAGACUUGUGGAUCAGCGCGUGACUGAGAACAUUGAUGGCCAGCACUUAAGACAAACCCUCAAGGUAUCGUCCUCCGCUCCAGCGUGUUCUGAGAUACUCCAGUUGAACCGUUCCUUAACAUGGUCCAUACUCCAUAGACAUGAGAUGACAAGAGUUGACAGCACGGAGAUGUUCACAUCCGUAACAUAUCUCGAGAGCGGGGUCAAACUACAGAUGCAAGGAAGACAGCACUGCCCCAAUGUCGUUGAACCAAAUGUCCAAGUUACAUUGAGAAUACAAGUUUCGAGCGGGAGAAGAUCUCACGCCUCGGAUACCCGUAAAACCUGGGAUCCCCGAUCCGACUUCCCCGACAAGCGAGUCCUCAAAUCCCGCGUCUCCCCCAAAUCCCAAUCGUCGUGGACAGAAAAUCCCUCCACUGAAAAGCUUACUGCGAACCAACCCGGAACCCGGAAGGGGGAGGGAGGAGCUUCGAACUCCUUGAGAGCUACCUCGCCAUCCCUCGGCCGGCCCAUCGCAGCCAGCCCCCCCGCCGUUGCAUUCCAAGUGCCUAUCUGUAGUACCUACAACGGAUACCACAGUAACUAA